AUGGUCGACUGCUUCAGCAAAGUCAUGCAGCACGCGGCGGCCUGGUGCUGGCAGCCGCUCGUGGGGCUGGUCCUGGUGGUCGUGUGCGUGGGCUCGUCGCUGGCGUGUCCGUCCCGCUGCGAGUGCUCGGCCCAAACCAAGGCGGUCGUCUGCCACCGCAAGCGAAUGCCCACCAUCCCCGACGGCAUCCCCACGGAGACCCGCGUCCUGGACCUCAGCAAGAACAAGCUGACCAUGAUCAACCCGGACGACUUCCUGAACUUCCCGGGCCUCGAGGAGCUGGACCUGAGCGGGAAUAUAAUCAGCUACGUGGAGCCGGGAGCCUUCAAUGCGUUGUUUAAUAUGCAUUCUCUCAGUUUGAAAAGCAACAGGAUCAAACUUAUUCCUUUGGGCGUGUUUUCUGCCUUGAACAACUUGACGCGGUUGGAUAUAAGUGAUAAUAAAAUCGUCAUACUUUUGGAUUACAUGUUCCAGGACUUGCACAAUCUUAGGUUUCUGGAAGUGGGCGACAAUGACCUGGUGUACAUCUCUCACCGUGCGUUUAGCGGACUCCUGAGCCUGGAGAUUCUCACGUUGGAGCGCUGUAAUUUGACCGUUGUACCGACCGAAGCGCUGUCCCACCUGCACAACCUGGUCAGCCUUCACCUGCGAUACCUCAGCAUCAGCACUUUGCAUCCUUACUCCUUCAAGAAGCUUUUCCGGCUGCGGAAACUGGAGAUCGACAACUGGCCGUCGCUGGAUAGCAUCCCGCCGAACACUCUCCACGGGCUCAACCUCACCGCGCUGUUCGUCACCAACACAAACCUGUCCUCGUUCCCGGACCAGGCCUUGAAGCACCUGCCGUUUCUCACGCACCUGAACCUGUCGCACAACCGCAUCCGGCACAUCAAGGGCGGGAUGCUGUCGGAGCUGGUCCGCCUUCGGGAGCUGCACCUCGUUGGCGCGCAGCUCACCGCCAUCGAGCCCUACGCGUUCCAAGGGCUGCGGCAGCUCAAGGUCCUCAACGUGUCGCACAAUCGCCUGGACACGCUGGAGAAGGACGUGUUCCAGUCCCCGGAAACCCUGGAGGUGCUUCUGAUCGACAACAACCCGCUGGUGUGCGACUGCCGCCUCAUGUGGAUCCUGCAGAAGAGGCAUACCAUCUUCUUCGGCGAUUCUCAGCCGGAGUGCAGCACGCCCGAGGGAAUCCGCGGCCGGCCUUUCCGGGAGUUCAAGGAGACUCUGCUGUCGUACUACGUGACGUGCACCAAGCCGAAGAUCCGCGAGAACAAGACGCAGACGGUGACGGUGGACGAGGGGCAGCAGGCCGUGUUGCGCUGCACGGCGGACGGGACCCCUCGGCCCGUCGUGAUCUGGCUUUCCCCGCGGCGAAGGACCCUGACGAACAGGAGCCACGGGAGGGUUACGGUCCACAAUAACGGCACAUUGGAAAUCAAGUCCGCGGAGAUACAAGACAACGGCGUUUACCUCUGCUUAGCUUCCAACACGGCGGGGAACGACACCUUAAUGACCUCUCUCGCUGUGAAAAGCCUCGGCUCUUUGUACGCUAACAGGACUCUGUAUUACACAGACGCUAGCAACAACACGGCCAACGCCACCGGCAGCGUUAGCCUCGGGUUGGACCUCAAGACUAUUUUGGUGUCCACGGCCAUGGGCUGCUUCACGUUCCUGGGGGUGGUGUUGUUUUGCUUCCUCCUGCUCUUCGUGUGGAGCAGAGGAAAAGGAAAGCACAAAAAUAACAUUGACGUGGAGUACGUUCCGCGGUCGAAGUCCAACGGGACGAACGUGGACUCGGCGGAGGCACAAGCCGGGCGCCGCUUCAACAUGAAAAUGAUGUGA